AUGGAAACCCUUAAACUCGACUUACGGUUCGAACAAUCAUUUAUGAAGUCGCUUUAUGCAACAGCUGGAUUGAAUAAUGAAAGGAUAUUAGUUCCAGACAGUUCACUUACAGAUGAGGAGCUACAAGCAGCAAUUAGUAACAUCGAUUUGGAGGAAGAAAAGUUGUUGAGCACAUCAGGUUUAGUUCCUUUGCCCCAGAUCACUCCAUCCAUCAUCGCAUACACGGUUAUAAAAGAUCAAAUCAUACAGCCUCUAAUAUUUGGUUUUCUUUGGUCCGGAUUCUUAAUUAUGCUUGUCCCAUUCAAGGGGUAUUUUUACAUGAAAGGCCGCCUGUUCGGGGAAUACUUAUUUUCUUUUAUGCCUCGCAAAGAAGCUUUCUAUUUUGGUUCUGGAAGGAAGUAG